AUGGCGGUAGGAAAUGUGAAGGAAACAGCUGCCAGUUAUGUGGCCCCUGAAGUCGUUGUCGAGCAGCCUGUUUUUGUGGCCGCAGUGGAAUCCCAAAGGACGUUGGUGCAACAGGUGCAAUGCCUACAUGAGCAACGUGCGCAACCAGCACAAGAGAUCCUUCUGGUCAGCAGUCCAGGCUUUGCUGUUCUUGAUUCAGGAUGUGGCAAAACAAUAGUUGGGCAAAAGACCUUGUCUCAGUUUCAGAGCCUCUGGAAGAAAGAUGAUCGUUUUCAACCUACGUUCAAGGAUGAGGUGAACGUGUUCAAGUUUGGAAACGGCGAACGUGAGACUUCCACUCAAGUUGUUGUCAUGCCCAUAGGCCUGGAUGGAAAGUUUGGAGCAGUUCAAGCAGCCAUAGUAGCAGGUGAUGCGCCUCUGCUGCUGUCGAGACCAGCCCUGAAAAGACUUGGGGCCAGCAUUGACUUUGCGAAUGAUCGUUUGUCACUGUUUGAUGGCAAGACCCAAGUCCAGCUGAAGUCCAACGUUGCUGGCCAAUACGUCCUCGACGUUAUGAACUUUCCAGCCCGCACCAUUGAGCAUGAGGUUCAGAUGGUGGAUGUGCCUUCCACUGCAUCCGAUGCCGGUCUGUCCAAGAAGUCAGAGAAUAAUCAAGAUAGGCAUAACGGGGAUAGUUGUGAUAAGGGGAUAACGGAUAAGACGGGGAAUAACCGGGGUAUAGAGUUCGAGUCCAAUCCAGGUUCUGCACCAGGUCCUGCAUCCGUGUCGGUCCCGUCCAUGUCUCGUCCCCUUUCCAGUGCACAGUGGUCCCCCAUUGCCAGUGAGUCCUUGCCUGAUCAGAAGCCGUUUUAUGAAUGUCUUGGGACCCAGAACAUUCCCAACAGUAAGAAACAGGGUGGCCUUACCAAGAAACAGCUCCGACAGCUGAACCAUCAACUCAAGUCAACCAGGCUUGGAAGCAAGUAUGCAGUCGCCGAGGUGUUCUGCCCCCCUAGAUUUACUCCUGAGGUAGAAAAGAUGGGACUCAAGGGCAUAUCCUUCGACGUGUUGAAUGGAUGGGACUUCACCGUCAAGGCCAAUCGGGAUUGGGUUAAGGAAGAACUUAGACUGAAUCCUCCAGAGCUUUUGGUUAUUUGUCCACCAUGCACUGACGCAGGGGGCUGGUUCAACCUUAACUCCUUGUACAUGUCCUGUAGUGAAGUUUUGAGCCGCCGACGGAAGUUGAAGACUUUCAUGCUGUUUGUCAAAGACUUGAUCAGGCAACAGGUGGCAGCAGGUGGUAGAUUUUUGUUUGAACAUCCUGCCGGGUCCGAUGUUUGGCAUGAUGAUGAAAUGCAACAAUGGUGUCAAGAGUUGACAUCCUUCAUCACUCACAUGUGCUGUUUCGACCUUCACCUGCCAGCUCGUGGAGAUAAGCCGAAGCGGUAUAUCCGUAAGAGCACCCGGUUGUUGUGUAGCCACCCGGACAUGGAAGUCCUCCAACGCCACUGCCCAGGAGAGUCAGCGCCUGAACAUGUCCAUGCCACUAUCGCCGGCAGUGAACCGGGGAUCGGAUCCGUGAGCAAGCAUGCUGGGCGAUACACCCGAGAUUUUGUAUGUGCUGAACACCGUGCCGAAGUUUCGUUCAUGCACCGAAGUGUUAGUCUGUAA